AUGCUGCGUCCUACACGGGGCGUGUUAGCGGGCCCUGCUCGUUUCUGGCGCUCGUGGCUUGAGCGAACACAGGAAAAGACACAAGCGCUCCGUGAAAAGGACAUGUUCCGUACACAAAUGGAGCACUUGUCGGCGUGUGAGCGUUUCGGACCGGACGAGUACGGUGCACUCUUGCGGAAACUGCGGGACGCCGCCGGCUUUGGCAGCAGUCUCUGGAAUCGACUUUCGAACGCCCAGAGUGAUCCGUUUUUAAAAGAUGUAAAUGAGCAGGAAGAGCUCAUCCGGCUUCUAACUGCUGAACAGAAAGCGCGUCUAUUGCAGAUGCGACGUGCGGAACGGCGUUCACUGGCACAGGCGAUCGGCAAGGAGGAACACCUUGUGGAGACUCUAGUGGAUAGACUAACGCAAGCUAAGUUCUUACACGACUGGAUCCGGGCGCGACUGCAAGAGGGUUUGCCAUUGCCUCAAAACGCACAGCAAAUGGAGUUGUUCAUGCUGAAUCCGAACCAACGACGAGGCCUCCCGGGCGUGCGACCGCGCAUCGUACGUCCGCGUCGCUGA